AUGCCUCGCGGCAAGCGCGCCGCCGUCGAGUUCAUCGACCUCACCGGCGAUUCUCCUGAGCCAGCUCGAAAACGGCCUGCGCUCUCUGCUCGAUCUUCCCUUUCCAGGCCGUCAUUUGCUGCCCCCAGCUCUUCACAGAGGGGCCAGGCACCAUCUUAUCCAACUUCUACGCAAGAAUUAGACUAUCUGGACUUGACGCAAGACGAUGACGCUUUAGAUAGGGAGCUCUAUGGAACGUUUGAUGCCAAAAUUGUAGGCGUUAGAUAUUACAACGGAUAUGCUUCGCCUGGUGAGGCCGUCCUGUGCCACAGAGAGCCCAACAACCAGUAUGACAGCAAUGCGAUCCGAAUAGACAGCGUGAUGCAUCAGCAAAUAGGCCACCUGCCUCGCACAGUCGUUUCCAAGCUCGCCCGCUAUAUCGACUCUGGCGACAUCACUGUUGAAGGCGAAAUCAUAGGAGAGAAAGGCGUCUAUGAUUGUCCCAUCAGAUUAUCGUUUUACGGGCCAAGCGAUCCCGUACAGCGCACCCGAAUUGAGGCUGCUCUCAAGGCGGACAAGUUUGUCAAAGCCACCCAGCUCAAACAGACCAGAAAGGACGCCGAAGCACGUAGGGUGGCUCUCGGACUGACUCAAAGGAUCUCUACCGCCGGCGGCUUGAAUUCAUCCCAAGGGAUUCUGGUACCCGAACUAUCUCUCGAACAAAUUCUCGAAUCCAGCGAUGCAGUCGAGUUUCGCAAAGGCAGCGAUGCCAUCAAGACGCUCGCAUUGGGCGAGGAUGACCUGGCCAAGAUGCCCCAGGCUGCGCAACCCAGCCAGCUCAAAUCUACGCUUCUGCCGUAUCAGCUACAGGGCUUGGCCUGGAUGCAAGCCAAGGAAAAGCCCCAGCUUCCAGAAAUUGGGUCGGAUACGGUGACCCAGCUAUGGAGACGCGACAAAAAAGGCCGAUACUGGAACGUCGCCUCCGAUUUCAUCACCGUCAAAGCGCCAACGCUGUUCUCAGGCGGCAUUCUUGCCGACGACAUGGGACUGGGCAAGACACUCCAAAUCAUCAGCUUGAUCCUCACCGGUGGCCCUGGCUCAACUCUAAUCAUUGCUCCCGUCAGUGUGAUGAGCAACUGGGAGCAGCAGAUUCGCAGGCACGUCAAGGAGGAGCAUCAGCCAAGCGUUCUUGUCUACCACGGCGCCAACCGAGGGUCAUACCACAACCUCUUGGAAUACAAUGUUGUCAUUACCAGCUAUGGGACACUUGCCAAGGAGCUGGUAGAUGGCAACGGGACUCUCUUGGGCCAAAAGAAGCCUUGGCGGCGAGUUGUGCUUGACGAAGGCCACACGAUCAGGAAUGUCAAGACCCAAGCGGCUGUGGCAGCCUGCGAGCUCCCAGCCGAAUCCCGCUGGGUACUGACCGGAACACCCAUUAUCAAUUCUGUCAAGGACUUGCAGUCCCUCGUCAAGUUCCUGCACAUCACCGGAGGCAUUGAACAACCCGAAAUCUUUGCUAAUGCAAUCUCACGCAAACUCAUGUCCGGCGAUCGCAGUGCGGAAGCACUCUUGCAAUCUUUGAUGCAAGACAUCUGUCUGCGACGAAAGAAAGACAUGAAGUUUGUGGACCUCAAACUGCCCAAGAAGACAGAGUACCUACACCGCAUCACAUUUCACCCAGAGGAAAAGAUCAAGUACGAUGCUCUACUAUCUGAGGCCAGAGGAGUGCUAGAGAAUUACCAGGCAAAAUCGCAGACCGGACAAAAGGGUCGCUUCCAAAACGUCUUGGAGCGCCUUCUUCGACUCCGGCAAUCAUGUAACCACUGGACAUUGUGCAGAGAGCGAGUCGACGAUCUCAUGCAGAUGCUGAAAGAGAACGACGUCGUUCAGCUGACCCCGAAGAACCGCGCGCUAUUGCAGGAAGCCCUGCGGCUCUUUAUCGACAGUCAAGACGACUGUGCCAUCUGCUACGAUACGCCCACUAACCCUGUGAUUACAAAUUGCCAGCAUGUGUUCUGCCGCCACUGCAUCACCAGGGCAAUCAACUUGCAGGCGAAAUGUCCCAUGUGUCGCAACCCGCUGAAGGAGGACAACCUGCUGGAGCCAGCUCCCGAGGGUGCCUUUGACAAGCACUUUGAUACAGAGCAACAGAGCUCCAAGACGGAAGCAAUGCUACAAAUCGUCCGAGCCACGCUUCAGAAUGAGGGCUCGAAGAUUGUCAUUUUCUCGCAGUGGACGUCGUUUCUCGACAUUGUUCAGAAGCAACUCCAGGUCGCAGGCAUCAAGUAUUGCAGGAUCGACGGAAGCAUGAAUGCGGAUAAGCGAGACAAAGCCAUUGAUGCUCUUGACAACGACCCCGAGACACGCAUCAUGCUGGCCAGCUUGGCAGUGUGCAGCGUGGGUCUCAAUCUGGUGUCUGCGGAUACAGUGAUUCUAUCCGACAGCUGGUGGGCGCCGGCGAUUGAAGACCAAGCUGUUGAUCGAGUGCACCGUCUUGGCCAGACACGCGAGACUAAGAUUUGGCGUCUCAUCAUGGAGGGGACCAUCGAGGAGCGCGUGCUGGAUGUUCAGCAAGAGAAGCGUGACCUGGUGACGAAGGCGUUUCAGGAAAAGGGCAAGACGAAGAAGUCCAAAGACACGCGAAUGGCGGACGUCAUGAAGCUGCUUUCUUGA